UCUGUCAGUAAUGGUUGUAUAAGAGAGGUUAUUUAAGAUUGUUAUAUUUUCAUAAAUAUCUCGGACAUGGCUACUAAGUUUAUUGUAAAAUGUGGUAUUGCCGGGGGCAUAGUUUAUCAAUCAGUUGACCAAGGACUAUGGGGUAGCAGUUCUAGAACAAUUGAACUUUAUGAAGAUUUAUCUAAACUCGUGGAACCAGUAACCAAAGAAGUUAAGCAAAAGAUUGAGCUUCCAGAUUUGCCUACAUCUGGUGAAGUUGGUUUCAUUGCAACUUAUUACUGGAAUGCAGGUGUGAAAGCGACAUUUGCAUUUUUAAAAGAAUUGCCAACGAAUACUGCUCGAUUGGGAUGCAAAUCUUAUAAUUAUAUUGUAAAUCAUCCUGAAAUAAAAAAAUUGCAGGAGCAAACAGAAACAAAAACAGAAAAGAAUUGAUAUGUAUAUAGAAGAAUUUCAUGAUUAUGGAUUAUGUAGAUAAUAUAUAAUAAUAAAUG